AUGGAUACACCUUUGAAAAGAAUUGCAAUUUUAAUUACAGGUCCAAGUUUUAACAUUAAUGUUACUCAAUGUACAAAAUUACAAUCAUUAUGGAUUCAAUCAGCUGGAUAUAAUGUAGAUUUUAAGAGUUUUUAUAAUCUACCACCAACAAUGACUUCAUUACGUUUAAUUAAUGUAUUUGCAUCAACAGCAAAUAAAACAUUACCACUUUAUAAAGAGUUGUCUGGAUGGAAUAAUUUGGCUACAUUGGAAUUACAAGGAUUAGGUUUAGUAGGUCCACUUGAUGAACAAUAUUUUAAAAUCCCUUAUUUAUCAAUUUUAAAUUUAAAUUAUAAUUCAUUGAUAUCAUUAACAUUACCUAUUUGA